AGGCAGACACAAACACGGGGAUGGAGGAUUGGAUACGGGGGGCGCAUAAGUCACAUUAGGAAAGAGAUUGGUCACCAUUGGCUGCGCUCCUUCAGAAGCGAGCACUUCAAAUGUGCGACGCACCUGGCUCUCUCCAUACGCCAGAAAUUAACGGAGCUUUUCGGUAAGACCUUUGCUGUUGUUCGCUGUCGUCUCAGUCACCUCAGACACCUAACUGCAAAUGACGGAGAUAAAUCAACUACAGAAGAACUUCUCCUGCCGUAUAUCAUGCGAAUUGGGAUGAAACAUGGUUUGCCUCAGACAUUUCUAGCGGAGCUGAAACCUCGUUGAAUGCAACCUGGAACCCGGUUUUCGUUCAUUAUGGAUAGGAAUGCGCUGACGGCGUGUAAAGUUUUUGUUAUGGGAAUUCUAGGGGCCCUCUACUAAGAGCACCUUGGUGGAUAACACACUCCGAUUGGGGCCCUCUACUAAAAGCACCUUGGUGGAUAACACACUCCGAUUGGGGCCCUCUACUAAAAGCACCUUGGUGGAUAACACACUCCGAUUGGGGCCCUCUACUAAAAGCACCUCAUGGAAAACACAAUGGGCAUAAUGACUUUGAUCUCCAUUGUACGAGACGUUCAGUGAUGUCUUACUGCGAGUUAACAGCUUGAUGAGCAGUGCACUCUCAGAGACGGAGAGCUCGGAGCUGGGGCUGACGCGCCGGCCGCUGGUGCUGUGCAACGAGACGCAGCUCCUGCUGGAGAUGGACGUGUGCGGAGAGGUGUUCAAGAGACAGAUGGCCCACGUGGACGCGCAGCACUGGUGCAACCUCACACACUUCCUCAGCGAGUACCACCUGUUCUCCUCGUGUACGGAGAAGAACUCGGAGCGGAUUGGCUGCUACUGGCCCAACCCCGUGGUGGAGGGCUUCAUCAUCCAGAUCCACAAGCUCUUCUUCUCCAACUGCACGGUGGAGCGCGUGGUGUGGGUGGACCCGUCGGACGACCUGCUGGCCGCCCUCAUCCUCGUCCCAAUCCUGCUCACGCUGGCCAUGAUCGCGCUGGUUGUCUGGUGCAGCAAGCGGAGCGACAUCCUGGCCUAGAGAGCAGCACUUCCUGGUGACCACUGGGCCACCUUAUUGGCUGAGACGUGAAAGAAGCCAGGACUUUAGAAUUUUAAGACAUUCCUUUUGAUUGUCAUGAUUGGCUAAUGCUUGAAAUUGGACCGUCCACACCACAUGAUUUGGAUUUGGCCACAGCAUGGUAUUCUGACUUCAGCAUCACGACGGCACGCUGGUCCCAUGAGCACAUACUGUUCCUUGAGCCCAGCGCUCACCUCUGACAUCACUCAUUCCUCCCCAACACAUUCCAUUGUAUGGUGUAUGGGACCAAAACGGUGGAUUUGUAUCAUUGGGAACAACUGUCCUUCUGUAGGGGGAGAAACAUUUCAUUCUCUGUUGGGUGGAAAUGCUUUAUGAAGCCCAAAAGAACCCUUUGAAGAUGGCUGAGGCCACUAGUCCUCUCCCCUGAGGAUGAAGCCAUGACACUGUGGAUUCUCUCUCCUUUCCUCUCUCCCCUCUCCGCUUCUCUCUCCCCUCUUCUCUUCUCUCUCUUCUCCCCUCUUCUCUCUCUCUCCUCUCUUCUUUCUCUCCUCUCCUCCUUCUCUUCUUUGCCAUACAAAGUCAUUCAUCAAUUCCCUGGGGAAAGGCCCUGGAUAAUAAUUAUGCCAAACACUGCAGUUGCCCCACAGAGGAGUUCUCAAGGAGACUGCCCCGUCGCCGUAACAACACACUGUCCCCUCACCAUAACAACACACUGACAGAGUGGACACACUCAGAGACGCUGCCCUACUGUAAUACACACAGCACACCCACAAACACACACACUUCUCAUCGUGGCGUUGGGGACUGGACAGACCUCUCUCCAGCUGGGUUUUUGUUUUGUCUUCUCCCUCAUUGGCUGAAGCAACAGUGUUCCGUUGAUGCUCAGCUUGCUCUUCGCCAAAACGCAAAUCCCUGCAAAGCUCCCUGUGCUCGUGCGGCGUUUGGCUGCGGCAGCCAUUAGUGACUGUGUGCCAAGCGCUGCAGUGUGAUCCCUUGACGGGGCGUUUUGUUGAUCAGAACAGUAAUUUCAUUUCCCAACGCUUAAUUGUCUCUGUGGAGGUGUGAACGCGAAUCAUGCCAGAAGUCAACCCAGAGCUAUCACAAGAUUCAUUUCUCUUGCUCUUUGCUAUUGGAGUGGGAGGGGAUACUGCAUCCCUGUACUGUACUGCUAAUUUAAUGUCUGAAUUAAACCACUUAGAUGUAGAGUUCUCAUUGAGACACCACUGUUGUAGUGAUUGGGCUGAUGACAGCUGAGCCACUGUGUGUACCCUGUCCCCCCCUCCCCACCUCAGCUUAUAACCUGGCCAUCUGCCCACACACAUCUCAAAUAAGGCAUUAAAUGACAGCACUUCAAAACCACACGCAAUCUGCAUCAUUUUCAUAAAAUGCUAAAUGUGAAUAAAAUGAGGUGGAAAAAUA